CGGAGCCUCGAGGCCGCAAGUGCCACGAAAAGCUCAGUCGCUCGCGGACCGCGCUCCACUGCGUUUCGUUUUCGCGCGAGUCCUCGCCUCGCCGACAUGCGAACACCGUCGCGCGCGAUUUCCCAUUGCUCGUAACCAUUGUUCGCGUGAUUCCGUUGUACCGAUGCGACCAGUGGCCACGAUUCAACCGCGACCUCGUCAGACCUGUGGUGUUCAACGAUGAUGAUCGUCGGCCUCUUGACGACGACGUUCGCGGUCCUCGUCGUCGCUAAUCCCUUCCUCGACGCUGCGCAAGAGAUGUCAUGCUGUUCUUUGGCGGCCGGAUCUUGUCGCAGUGUCUGUUCCAAGAUCUCUCUGGUCGCGCUGGGUGCCGACGCGGAGGCAAGGGAGAACGCGACACGACGCCUGCUGGAGUUCUGUUCCCCGGAGCUGACGGAAUUUUGGGACUGCGCCAAUUCGACUUUAAACGAGGUCAGGAAACACGGGAACUGGACAGGGAGGGGCUGCUGUUACCUGGCGUUGAAUCCGAUUUGCCGAUCUACGUGCGCUUUAUCGGGAUCAAGGAGGCAUCUGAACGAAUCCUGCCGGCCAAGUGACGAGCCUGAGUUCUUCUCGUGCUUGGAGAGGCGCGAGGAAGCGGAACAUUGCUGUAGCAACGUCUGUAACGAGACUUGUAGAUCGAUUUGCCGAGACUUAUUCUACAAACCGGGAAAAGUCUCGAAUCUGAAGCUGUACAGCAGCAAGGGUUGCUUCCACCAGGUUCCGAAGUGUCUGAAGAACAUCGUUGAGGUGAAACAUGCCGAAGAUCCUAAACAACAUUUACAUUGCUGCAACGAGGCUACCACUCCAGCUUGCCUGGACACUUGCAAGAGGAUUCUUCAAACAGCAACCACGGAUCAGGAGAUUAUGGACGCCCUGGCAGAAAAAUGUAAACCGGUGUUGCCUCAGUCGCCAUUUUGGAGUUGCUUGAUGAAGUCGGACUCUUCGAAACCAGCUCGUCUGCCGUUGGACGCAGGAAAAUUAUCAUGUUGUACGAAAGCAAGCAAGCCGUCGUGUCAAAAUUUGUGUUGGAGAGCCUUUCAAGCUGAUUGGGAGUCCGCUUGGGUUCAAUUGGACGCGGAAUGCUUGUCAUCGAGUUUCGAGGGAGAACUGAGAAGAUGCUUGGAGGAUGCUGAGGAACCUUGCGAAAUGGGCUGCUCCGGUCUGUCUUAUUGCGCUCGAUUUAACGACAGGUCGACGACGCUCUUUAGGACUUGCUCAGCUGUGGCUGACGAAGCAGCCAAAUGGGAAGCCGAUCACUGGUCCAGAGGUGGAAUUGUCCGUGGCUUGGGAGUACCUGUGCGCGCUGCUGCAUCUUGUCCACCGGAAACGUUGCGUGCAGCCGCGUGUUUAUUGCAGCUAAGACCUUGCGAGACAAGAAUACAUGAAACCAGACUAUGUCGAGAAGAUUGUCUAGAAUUAAUGGCCAGUUGCGUCGACUGGACUGCUAUUACUGGAUCUCACACAGCUAAUACCUUGUGCGCAAAAUUGUCACCUCCCAGAUCAGACGCUCCAUGCGUGUCCUUAAAACCAUUCUUGGAAGAUCCUCAAGACAACGAGUCGGUGAUCCGCCUCGAAGAAGACAUCAUGACACCUUGCAAGAGCAAUCCCUGUGCUCAAGGUGAAAUCUGCGAGGUUCUUCCCCAUGGGCGGCAGAUAUAUCGCUGUGUACCUGGUUGCUCACUGGGGGAGAUGUCAAAGCAAAUGGUUCCAGUCGGUUCUUGGGUUCAGAUCCCACGGUACGAUCAACAGGGUUGCCUCAGGAUCUGCCAGUGUACUCUUCGAGGCCUGGAGAAGUGUAAAACCUUGAAUUGCAUCAAGUUCAACACCUGCUGGGUUCACGACCGUUUCAUUCCGCACAAAGCAAACUUCUACUUGGACUGCAACCCUUGUCACUGUUUUGAGGGCGAGUUUACGUGUUCCAAGAAGAGCUGCGGGGAGGUGAGGGUCCCUUCGUUACCCUGCGACUGUCCGGCUCAUUAUGUUCCAGUUUGUGGAAGAUUGGGCUUCACGUUCGCUUCAGCUUGCUUGGCCAAGUGCGCAGACUUGUCUCCGAACGAAGUGGAAUUCGGCAGCUGUUCUUCCCGAGAUCCGUGCGCGUCGAAUCCCUGCGAUAGCACAGAAAAGUGUGUCCGCAGGAUCAGGACAUGCCUGUCUAAACUCCACAAGCCUUGUCGCCAGUACGACUGUAUCCCUCUGGACUGCGAUCCCCGGGAUGAGUUCAGCGGACCGGUUUGCGAUAAAGAAAAUCGUCAGCAUCGAUCGGUGUGCGCCAUGAUCCGCGCUGGAGCUACACUGGCUUACAGAGGACAAUGUUUGGAGGGGUGUACCUUGAGAGGACCCGUCUGCGGAGUGAACGGCGAGGUCUACGCGAACGAAUGCGCAGCUUGGGCGGAGAGGAUAGUGGUCGAUUACUUUGGAACUUGCGUGGCGGUUGGUUUAAUCGGUGAUCAAGCGAAGCCACGUUGCGGUGAAUUCGUCCAAUGUCCUAAGUUGAUUCAGCCUUACUGUAUCGGUGCCACGCCGCCUGGAGCCUGCUGCCCAGUCUGCGGAGGUGCAGCUAAACUGUUCUACUCCAAGAAACAACUGGACAGAAUAUAUUACAUAAUGGGCGAAGACGAGGACAAAGAUUCCGUCACCCUGGAAGCCCUGCUGACUGCUCUCGGAAGACAAAUCCAGGUCGCACAGUGUGUACUUCGGGGAAUGAUGACACCGGACCGAGACAUAUUUAUCAUCGUUCAGCCCACGUCUAAGAAGCCUUCGAUAUUGCAACUGCGGGCCUGCGUAACAGAGACUGAGAAAUUAGUUACCAGAAUAGUGGAGAGGAGCCCUAGAAUCGCGGCUGAGGUGCCUUUGGGCGCACUCACGAGAGCGGAGAUUGCUCAUAGUUACAUAUCCAGUGCCAUCACUGUUGGAGGAUGUUUUGCGAAUCUCAUCCUCGGGAUGAUCAUUCAUAUCGUCAUCUUGUGAGGACUGGAAUGGAGAGAAAGAAAAUGAAAAUCGUCGCUGGCCACGGUAGACAUUGAAAGAUGCUAACUACACGCUACCGUGGCGAGACACGAUAGAUCCCUCUGAUCAUGUUUUCGAAGGUGCUAAGCAUUUCUUUUACCUAAUGGCGUAGUUUUCCGGGACAACGCCGAUUUCAUGACUGUGAUUCUUCUAGUGCCUAUGUAAUAUACAGGAAAGUAUAGUUGUAUUUUCGUCGAUCUUUUAAUAUUGCCAAAGAAAUGGGAGCAGGUGGAACGUGUACAAAAGGAUGAUCGCCCUUCGGUUGUGGGCAGUCAUAUAAGUUGUAAAUAAAGUCUCCUAACUUAAGUUACCAAACAACGUGAACGCCGAAUCUCCCGUUGUAUUCUUCGCAGAUAGUCGAUAGAAAAUACUAUGUCGAACGUUACAAAUUUCGCGAUUUUAAAUAAAUUCGAAGAACCGCGACCGAUCGAACGUUUAAAUUGUAAACGUACCGGUUCGUUAAAUUUGAAUCGUUCGCAGAAAAAUUAUUGACAGGAUCGAUACUUCCGUAAGCGUUAAGUAUACUUCGUUAUUGUACCGUUAAAUACAAAGUGUUUUGUAUAGUCAUUUAUAAGUUUAAUAAUAAAUCUCUAAUUUUACUCAUACGCAGUUCAGUGAGAAAUCAGUAUACCGUAGUGCGUAAAGUAGCAUGUACAACGGAAAUUGUUUUUUUACAAAACUUUAUAUCGGCUGCGAGAGGCAGUGUGCGCGCCUGAUGCUUGUAACUUGAUCAAUUCUUCCUUGAUGAGUCGCGAGACCUCUGCCUUGGCCUUGCUGACCGCUAAUUCACU